AUGGAAUACGUCGACGAGACCUGGAAACACAACCCUCUUCCGCCCAAACAUCCUCAUGGCAGAGCCAAUGCUCGUUUCUGGGCCAAUUUUGUCGACGAAAAGGUAACCAUUUGGACGGCGUCCAUUGCGUACUUGGGGAAGGACAAAGCGCAAGAGGACGGCAUUGAACUGUUCUCUCAGCAGCUCAAGAUGCUGGAGGCUGAGCUUAGGGGGAAGGACUACUUCGGAGGGGACAGCAUCGGGUUCGUAGACAUAGCUGCGUUCUUCAUCAUGCAUGUCUAUGGGGUGGUGCAAGAAGUGAAAGAAGCAGAGUUGAUGACACGGGAGAAGUUUCCUGUUCUGUUCGAAUGGCUGGCGAAGCUGCAAGCUAACGACCUCGUUAUGGAAUGCCUGCAGCCAAGGGAGAAGCAUCUUGCCCAUGUCCGAGCUCGCCUUUCAGUUCUAGACGAAGCUGCUGCCAAAACAAAAGCUGCAUAG